AUGCCGUCAGCUCUUCUGUGCUUGACGGUGUUCUACACCGCGUUGCUUUCGGUGUUGGCCGGCACGUCCUUUGACGCUGCUGAAUCGCAAGGUAUCCAAGCAGAGCCGAUAACGCCGUGGCGAGGCCUUUCAAUCGUCGUCACGCUCUUGAGCAGCGCUCCUCCGCGCAACCAAUACCUCCUGCAUGCCAAGCCAGUCUUGUCGUGUGAGGGGCACAAGGUGCUCUACGACGUCAACGCCACGUUCGGCGACGUCUACCUUCCCUCGAUCUGGGCCAAGCCCGUGACCUCCUACGUCCAGACGGAUGGGUUCGCCGUGAUGGAUCCGGAUCGACCGGAACCCGGCGGGUGUCUGUAUCCGGAAACAGGUCCGUACGCGGUUCCACCGAUCAAUGCGAUUGCCCGUGCGCUGAUGAAUGUUACGGAUAGUACCCACGCCGUCAGCGACACGUGCACGGGAAAGCUGUACUCGAUCACAGCGAACGACGACAGCUUCAGCGUGUGUGUCACGGAUCCCGGCAGGAGGAUCACGAUCACUGGAAACGAUCUGCUCCUGGACGUCUCGUAUGCGGACCACGUGGAAGUCGAAUCGAACGGGGGUGCAGCUACCGGGUGCAAGCAGGUGUCCUUCCCGAUACCGGUGACGCCGAUCGGCAAGUCGUUGCUGACUGGAAGCCCCUCUGCGUCUGCAUUGUAG